CUCCUCGUUUUUUUUUCUUUUCUUUUCUUGUUUCUUUUCUUUUUCUUUUCUUUUCUUCAUUCCGCCUGUCAAUCUCGCGCUCUAGAAGACGUAGCGGGUCGGAGUGACGUCACAGUGGGUAUCCAGUAUGAAAGCCGCAGGGGCGCAGUAACAGACCGACUUUCAGAGUUCAUGUGUGAAACAUCUCUCUCUCUCCUCGAGACCUCACAUCUUACAUCAUGACUGUCAAGAGUUUAGAUACUGAAAAAGCUGAUGAUGAAGGCAGAAAUUCGAAAAACCGUGUUAUGAUACGCCAUUUCCCAAACUAUGGACAUGUUGGAGAAGGUUCACGUAAACGAAAAUAUAAGUCUCCUCGCGACAACCAUGGCAACAAAUCCAAAUCCAUGGCGAGGAUUUACCAGCUAAUGUUCAGCCCGAGAGGUCCUUUUAUGAAUACGCCAAAAAGACUCCAGGAUGACCUUGAAGAUGAAACUCCUGUCAGUGUGACGCCUGCAAAAACAACGAGAAUCAAUUCAUCAAAUGUCAAACAUCCUGCAAUUGUGUCAGGGGUCAGUGGUGAUACGUCUGAGACUGUUACUAACCAGCCGAUGUCCAGCGUUAGAACAGAGCACCGUAAAUGUAAGUACAAGUCUCCUCGUCAUGGCGACAACGAUGACAACAACUUUGAGACCAUGGCGCAGAUUCGCCAGCAAAUGUACGGCCCGGGAGGUCCUUAUUAUAAUGUGGCACAUUGUAAACGACCCCAUGAUGACCUUGAGGAUAAAGAUGAAAGUCCUGUCAGUCAGCCGCCUGCAAAAAUAAGGUCUGACUCGUCAUAUGUUGAAAAUCCUGCAGUUUCGAAGCUCACUGUUGAUACGUCUGAGCCGAAGCCGUCUAACAGCCAACUAAAGUCGGGCGUUACAGAGGUCCCAUGUACCGAACAACGCAAGUCUCCUUGUGAUGCUGAUGACGCCAGUAACAUCCAUAAAACCACAAUUAUGAUUCGCCAGAUACUGAAUGGUCUUAAUUAUACAGUGGCAAAUCGUGAACGACCCCAGGAUGACCUUCAGGAUAAAGAUGAAAGUUCUUUCGGCCCGGGAGGUCGUUAUUAUAAUAUGGCAAAUGAUCAUAAAGAUGAAAGUCCUGUCAGUGAUGAUACGUCUGAGACUGUUACUAACCAGCCGAAACCUAGCGUUAGAACAGAGCACCGUAAAUGUAAGUGCAAGUCUCCUCGUCAUGGCGACAACGAUGACAACAACUUCGAAACCAUGGCGCAGAUCCGCAAGCAAAUGUAUGGCCUGGGAGGUCCUUAUUAUAAUAUGGCACAUUGUAAACAACCCCACGAUGACCUUGAGGAUAAAGAUGAAAGUCCUGUCAGUCAGCCGCCUGAAAAAACAACAAGGACUGACACAUCAUAUAUAAAAAAUCCUUCCGUUUUUAAGUUCUUUGUUGAUACGUCUGAGCCAAAGCCUUCUAUCAACCAACUAAAGUCCAUCUUAACAAAGUUCUCAUGUACCGAACAACGCAAGUCUCCUUGUGAUGCUGAUGACGCCAGUACCGUCCAUAUAACCUUGAUUAUGAAUGGCCUGAAACUGAAUGGUCUUUGUGAUUCAAUGGCAAAUCGUGAACCAUCCCAGGAUGACCUUGAUCAUAAAGGUGAAAGUCCUGUCAAUCAACCACCUGCAAAAACAGUUAUGAUAGACUCAUCACAUGUUGAUUAUCCUCUGGUGUCAGGGGUCAGUGGUGAUACGUCUGAGACUGUUACUAACCAGCCGAAACCUAGCGUUAGAACAGAGCACCAUAAAUGUGAGCACAAGUCUCCUUGUCAUGGUGAAAACGGUGACAACAACUUCGAAACCAUGGCGCAGAUUCGCCAGCAAAUGUAUGGCCCGGGAGGUCCUUUUUAUAAUAUGGCACAUCGUAAAAGACCCCAGGAUGACCUUGAGGAUAAAGAGGAAAGUUCUGUCAGUCAGUCGCCUGCAAAAACAACAAGGACUGACUCAUUAUAUUCAAAAAAUCCUGCCAUUUUAACGUUUUUUGGUGAUACGUCUGAGCCAAAGCCUUCUACCAGCCAACUAAAGUCUAGCUUUACAAAGUUCUCAUGUAAUGAACAACGCAAGUCUCCUUGUGAUGCUGAUGACACCAGUAACGUCCAUAAAACCACAAUUAUGAUUCACCAGAUACUGAAUGGUCUUUAUUAUACAGUGGCAAAUCAAGAACGACUCCAGGAUGACCUUCAGGAUAAAGAUGAAAGUCCCUUCGGCCCGGAGGGUCGUUAUUAUAAUAUGGCACAUCAUAAACGACCCCAGUAUGACCUUGAGGGUAAAGAUGAAAGUCCUGUCAAUCAGCCGCCUGCAAAAACAGUUAUGAUAGACUCAUCAUAUGUCAAACAUUCUCUGAUGUCUGGGGUCAUUGGUGAUACGUCUGAGACUGUUACUAACCAGCCGAUGUCCAGCGUUAGAACAGAGCACCGUAAAUGUAAGUACAAGUCUCCUCGUCAUGGCGACAACGAUGACAACAACUUUGAAACCAUGGCGCAGAUUCGCCAGCAAAUGUACGGCCCGGGAGGUCCUUAUUAUAAUGUGGCACAUCAUAAACGACCCCAUGAUGACCUUGAGGAUAAAGUUGAAAGUCCUGUCAGUCAGCCGCCUGCAAAAAUAAGGUCUGACUCAUCAUAUGUUGAAAAUCCUGCAGUUUCGAAGCUCACUGUUGAUACGUCUGAGCCGAAGCCGUCUAACAGCCAACUAAAGUCGGGCGUUACAGAGGUCCCAUGUACCGAACAACGCAAGUCUCCUUGUGAUGCUGAUGACGCCAGUAACAUCCAUAAAACCACAAUUAUGAUUCGCCAGAUACUGAAUGGUCUUAAUUAUACAGUGGCAAAUCGUGAACGACCCCAGGAUGACCUUCAGGAUCAAGAUGAAAGUUCUUUCGGCCCGGGAGGUCGUUAUUAUAAUAUGGCAAAUGAUCAUAAAGAUGAAAGUCCUGUCAGCCAACCACCUGCAAAAACAGUGAUGAUAGACUCAUCACAUGUUGAUCAUCCUUUGGUGUCAGAGGUCAGUGAUGAUACGUCUGAGACUGUUACUAAGCAGCCAAAACCUAGCGUUCAGAGCACCAUAAAUGUAAGUACAAGUCUCCUCGUCAUGGUGAAAACCGCGACAACAACUUCAAAACCAUGGCAAUGAUUCGCCAGCAAAUGUAAGGCCCGGGAGGCCGUAAUAUGGCACAUCGUAAACGACCCCACAAUGACCUUGAGGAUAAAGAUAAAAAAAAAACAUGUAUUGAUCCAUCAUAGGUUGAACAUCCUGCGAUGUCAGAGCCCAACAACCUUGAAGCGACCUUUAGUCAGCCACCUGAGUUAAAAAACAAGCUUUACUCCUCAGAUAUUUACUGUUUGUCAAUAUUAUUUGAUAUGUUUAAGCCUAAUCUAGAGUAAAUAGCUGAAGUCUAGCGUUAGCGUUGAUGCUGAUGAUGCCAGUAAUGUCCACAAAACCCUUGCAAUGAUGAUUUACAAGACACUUUAAGGCCCGAAUGGUCAUUAUUAUAAUACGCCAAAUCAUUAAUGACACCGGGACGACUAUAGGGACAAGGAAGAGGUUUAUUUUAGAUCUGAUGGAAGCCGAUGCUUACAGAAGCUUCAACACAACACACACAAACACACACACACACACACAUUAAUCAUUAUUUCUGGGUUUUGUUCAUUAAAGGUUUACUGACAAAAUCAAGUUUGACACAAACGUCUGUUCCAAGCUUAUUAUUGUCAACGAAUAAAACUAUAAAACUAUAGUGAUAAUAUGAUUAUACAAACUAUCAAGUCCACCUGCAAUUAUAUUUCUCUUUAGUUGUGUCUUGAGUUUGAACUGAGUGAAUAUGUGAAUGUAGAAUGCAGAAUCAUAAAUGACCAGUAUUUGGCGCUGUAACAUGUAUUGGAGUUUGUUGUAGCAGCGCAGUGGAGCUAUAACGGCCAUCAACAUAACAUUCAACAGCAUUCAGCUGAAACACUUCGCCUUUUGUAAAACUCGCCAAAGAUGUUCCUCACUAGUUGGAGAUUUCUUCAUCUCAGAGCAGUUCAGUAGGAUUGAGGUGUGGUGACUGUGCAGCUCGUUCCAUAAUAGAUAAAUAAGACUUACAGAACUCAGACGUGCGCUUCUGAUCAUCGUCUUGUUGUACAGUGAAGUCGGUUCUGAUGAGCCGCAGUCCAGACGGAACUGUAUGGUGUUGAAGUGUGGAACAGGAGCCAUGUUGGGUCGGAACCUUCACUGCUCCAAAACAACCCCAAACCAUUAAUCUUCCACCUCCAUGUGUGAGUGUGGGGGUGAGGGAGUCUGAUCACAUCUUCUCUCCUGUUCACCGUCUCACACAAGUUCUUCUGGUAGAGACACAAAUCUCCCAUUCACUCGUUCACUGUUUAAUUCUUGAUUUUUGCCUUUUACCCAAAGUUUGUUGCAAAGAAAAAACCUGCAUGUGUCACAAAAUUCAUAAAUGACUCUCUGCAUUUUUUCACAGAUUAAACUAAGUUUAUUUAAAUCUAAAACAUUUAUAAUGCUUUAACCAAGAAUGCAUAAAGGGCUUAAAAUGCCUCAUAAGGUGUGAUUUUAUCAAUAAAUGUUAAUGUAAAUAAUGUACGUUUUAAGCAUCGAUAUUUGAUGAAUUCCUCAUAUUACACUCAUGAAUUUAUGUUCCACAAGUUGGCUGUAAGAUGGAGGAGAAGAAAAAAUUCUGGAGUGAAUUAGAUGAAGUGGUAGAUGGUGUACCUAGGAAAGAACGAUUGGUGAUUGGGGCAGACUUUAAU